CACCCCUGCGCACCGCUCGAGGACGAGUGUGAGGCGCCGCCGGUGUGCCGAGCAGGCUGCAGCCUCGAGCAUGGUUUCUGUGAGCAGCCCGGUGAAUGCCGAUGCCUGGAGGGCUGGACUGGACCCCUCUGCACGGUCCCUGUCUCCACCAGCAGCUGCCUCGGCCUCAGGGGCACGUCCUCUGCUACCACUGGAUGCCUUGUCCCUGGACCUGGGCCCUGUGACGGGAACCCGUGUGCCAAUGGGGGCAGCUGUAGUGAGACACCCGGGUCCUUUGAAUGCACAUGCCCGCGUGGGUUCUACGGGCUCCGGUGUGAGGUGAGCGGGGUCACAUGCGCGGAUGGACCCUGCUUCAAUGGUGGCUUGUGUGUUGGGGGUGCAGACCCUGACUCUGCCUACAUCUGCCACUGCCCACCUGGUUUCCAAGGUUCCAACUGUGAAAAGAGGGUGGACCGGUGCAGCCUGCAGCCAUGCCGCAAUGGCGGACUCUGCCUGGACCUGGGCCACGCCCUGCGCUGCCGCUGCCGUGCCGGCUUCGCGGGUCCGCGCUGCGAGCACGACCUCGACGACUGCGCGGGCCGCGCCUGCGCUAACGGCGGCACGUGUGUGGAGGGCGGCGGCGCGCACCGCUGCUCCUGCGCGCUGGGCUUUGGCGGCCGCGACUGCCGCGAGCGCGCGGACCCGUGCGCCGCGCGCCCCUGUGCUCACGGCGGCCGCUGCUACGCCCACUUUUCCGGCCUCGUCUGCGCCUGCGCGCCCGGCUACAUGGGUGCGCGGUGUGAGUUCCCAGUGCACCCCGACGGCGUAAGCGCUUUGCCUGCGGCCCCGCCCGGCCUGAGGCCCGGGGACCCGCAGCGCUACCUUUUGCCGCCGGCUCUGGGACUGCUGGUGGCCGCGGGCGUGGCUGGCGCUGCGCUCUUGCUGGUCCACGUGCGCCGCCGUGGCCACGCCCAGGAUGCUGGGUCUCGCUUGCUGGCUGGGACCCCGGAGCCGUCAGUCCAUGCACUCCCGGAUGCACUCAACAACCUAAGGACGCAGGAGGGUCCCGGGGAUGUCCCGAGCUCGUCCGUAGAUUGGAAUCGCCCUGAAGAUGUAGACUCUCGAGGGAUUUAUGUCAUAUCUGCUCCUUCCAUCUACGCUCGGGAGGCCUGACGCGUCUCCUCCAUCCGCACCUGGAGUCAGAGCGUGGAUUUUUGUAUUUGCUUGGUGGUGCCCAGUCUCUGCCCCAGAGGCUUUGGAGUUCAAUCUCGAAGGGGUGUCUUGGAGAACUUUACUGCUGCAAGUUGUAAAUAAUGGUUAUUUAUAUCCUAUUUUUUCUCACCCAUCUCUCCAGAAACACCUAUAAAGGCUAUUAUUGUGAUCA